GGCGCGGAGCCCUCGGGACCGGCCUGACGUCGGCAGGCGCGGGGAUAAGAGACGCCCCGAGGUCCGAGGCUGGACUCGGCUCCGGCGCGCACCCCAGGAGGCCGUGGUGCAGCGCUCGGAGCGGCCGGGCGGGCGCGUCCUGUGCGCUCCGCAGGCAGGGGCGCCUCCGGGUAUGGAGUAGCAGGACGCAGCGAACAGACGCCGGAGGACGCCCGUGGCUCCAGGCGCAGCGACAGCCAGCGAGCUCCAGGCGCGCGGACCCUCCCAGCCUGCCGACCGAGCGCACCAUGCGCGGGCCCGGGCGCCCGCUUCUGCUGGGGCUGCUGCUCGUGUUGGGCGCGGCGGGGCCCGGCCGGGGGCUCGCGGAGCCCCGGGAGGCCGCGGACAGGCAGACCCUGCUGCGGCUCAUCGUGGAGCUCAUUCAAGAGCUCAAGAAGUACCACUCGGGCGAGUCCAAGAGGCCGCCGCCCUCGGGGCAGCAGCACUACGCUCCGGGCCGCGCGGAGGCCGCCGACCACCGGCUGUACCCCGAGGAGCAGCGAGCGGAAAUAGUUCCUCGAGACCUAAGGAUGAAGGACAAGUUUCUGAAACACCUUACAGGCCCUCUUUACUUCAGCCCCAAGUGCAGCAAACACUUCCACAGGCUCUACCACAACACCAGAGACUGCACCAUCCCGGCAUACUAUAAAAGAUGUGCCAGGCUUCUGACUCGGCUGGCGGUGAGUCCCGUGUGCAUGGAGGGGUGAGCAGUGGGCCGGGCGAUGACGGAGCAGUGAGAAGUGCCUUGGAGACCAACAGGAAAACAGAACCCACUACCUUCAUACACGUCCCGUGAACAAGAGAUGUAUUUUUGCAGACUCUCCCGUAAUUCCUGUGUUUUGUAUGUUGCUGACACUAUCUGCAGACAUACCCAGUAAACCGGCGUAGCUGACAGUGACCUUGCCACUCAUCAUUCCAUAAAACUCCACGUGACGUGAGCACUGGGCCAGGACAGCACCUCCCUCCUGAUUAGGUGAAACCACAAAGAAUAUUUGUUUAUAAACAGAUCUGAAACUAUAUUUUCAUAUAGCACAUGGUAUGAUUUCAUAUUUUUAUUACUUUUACAAUUAAAUUCCCAGAUUAUUUGGAAGUGCAUGAAAAAUUUUAAAAAAGAAACUUCAGCCGUGUUUUGGAGACAGUGGCGUGCAAAUCUGUGAGCACAUACAGGCUAAUUGCAUUUGUCCUUUGUAUAAUAAAUGUAACAUAGCAUCCAGACAUUGUGCAAUAUGUAAAUACUAUAAAUAAAACGCAAGUAAUAAAGUGUUUGUUAUAAUGAAAUCUUCAAAGUGACGUUUUAGUUCCUACCAAGUUCGUUGUUGGGAAUUCACGAUUUACAAAUCUGUGAAGAGAUCAUAAUACUGGUAGAAUGUCAGAGAAUAUGAAAGUCAUAAACAAAUGACACAGGAAGGUUUCGGAUUCUUAUAAUCAACAAUUAAAUAAUUUUUAAAGGGAGAGCUCACUACAUACUGGUGACAUGUCUUAGAACCUAAUUCCGUAGUGACUGUUUCAGAUAAGCUUGCACCUGAGUAGCCUGUGUGACUUCGUAAUCAUGAAAACACUAAAGAACCACAGAGUUCUAAGCUGCUGCAGAUUUUUAUAGGUAUAUCUGACUGAGUCUUGAGUGGCUCCAAUUUAAAGACAAGUGAAUUCAGCAGUGACUCUGCUCACAAGACACAUCUGGGUGUAGCCGUGACGACAAAGUAGAGUCCCAGGGUUUGUCUGAUGAUCCAUUAUUAGAGACACAAAUGUAAACAUUCAAGAAAACAAGCUAUAGGGAUUCAUUUAUGAAAAUUAAGGAACAGAAAAACAUAAGAAACAUCUCCCCUUUGUGCUUAGUAACAAUUAUCCGAUGACCAGGGCAGGGUGUAAUUUCUGAAGUGCUCUUACUUAAUCCUACGUUUUGUGGCAAAUUAUGUAACUUUUUUUUUCAAUUCUUUAUCAUUAUCAAAUUCUCAAUCUUUUGAACCUCUCAAAUUGCUUGUAUGUCCGAGAAAGUUCACGGUAAGAUUCUCGGAUUCCAGGGAGCCACCCCUGGUCUUACUGCCCUCCACUCCCCAGAAGCGCAGUGGUGGGCCGGCUACCUGCUCACCCUUCAGGCACACCUGGGUUCAGGACUAAACACCCCACCUGGGACCCCAAGGAUACAGAGGACGGGGAGUCCCUAGCACCGAGGAGAAGCAGGCGCCCGGUAGGCAGCCCCUUCUGACCCCACAGAGUCACGACGAGGAUUGACCGGACUAAGGGCUCACCAGGCUUUCGGGUCAGGAACCAGGAAUGGGGGUGAAGAUGAGCCGGGACACGCGGGGGCCACCCCAGGAGACUGCACUCCCGCUGACGGUGGGGUCAGGCCAGGGUUCUGGCUGCAGGGGCCUCGAACCUCUUUCACAAAUUGACAUGAUUAUAAGUGGAAGCAA